UGUGAUUGUGCUCGUGCGCUAGCGACUUUUCUUCUGGCCCUGUAGUUGGAGUCUCAUCCUGAGGCUUGUCGUUAUGAACCAAGUUCUCCACCGCCGUAUUCGACUUAGGUUUUGCAAGAGGUCUCGACGGCGGGAGAGUCUUGUUGCUGGUUGUCCCUCCACAAUCCACAGAGUUUUUCUCGAUCACAUCACCCUCAACCUGCUUCUCCGCAGCUUUUGCCUUCGGCUUUGGUCUCGCCCUCGGCUUCGUCGGUUUCUUCGCUUCUUUGACGGUGACUGCAAGUAUAUUUUCCUUCUCCCCUCCGUCCCGAUCUUCAGCCUUGUCAUCAACUAUCCCUGUUUCCGCAUUCAUGCCUUCCGCCUCCACAACUUUUGCUUUCGGCUUUGGUUUGGCCCUCGACUUCGUCGGUUUCUUCACUUCUUCGACGAUUACUGCAACUUCUUUCUCCUUCUCCCCAGCAUCCCCAUCUUUAGCCUUCGUACUAACUAUCCCGGUGACCAAGUUUAUGCCCUCCGCUUCAGCCUUGUCACCCACUACCCAUUGGAAAACGUUUAGGCCUUCCGCCUCCACAACUUUCGCUUUCGGCUUUGGUCUGGCUCUCGGCUUUGCUUGCUUCUUCGCUGUACUGCUGACGGCCGCUUCUUUAUCCUCUAGGCUUCGCCGGCGCACGCUUCUUUCUGGGGGGCGUAACUUCAGGCGUCAACAACCUCUGAGGUCUAGGCACGAUCGUGGGCUUUUCGAGGGGUGGGAGUGCAAGAAGCUCGUGCAUAUCCACAGUCUCCAUCUUGCGUUGGGAGAAAGAGAUUGGCAAACGCGGAGGCGGGACUCCAUCGUCGUCUAGAGAUGAAGUGGCAUGGAACGGAGAAUGCAGCUGGGGCUGAGGCUGGUAUGCGUGCUGGGUAAUGUGGGACGUUUGAGAAGAAAAUGUUUGUCG